GUUGUUAUCAGCAGGAAAGACUUAACGCACUGAUACUUCUUUCUUUCCUGAAGGUUUGAAGAGAAACGUUUACGAUGAAUGACCCAGACUGUGUCUGGCAGUCGACAGAUUCUGAGACGAGCUGAGCAGCUACUUUUUUUUCAUUGUCUUCAGGCUGUAUUUUUCUUUUGGCUUAUGAACAACUGGACUUGAGAGCAAUUGCAGGACAUUCAGAGGGAAGAACAUUAAACAUUAGCAAGAUUGGAUAAUAGAGGAAUCCUCUUGAAUCAACGCUGUACAAGGAAGCUUCUUCUUCUGAACUCACCAUGGUUGGUACGGGUGGUCCUGUGGCCACCUUCUCAGUGUGGGACUAUGUGGUGUUUGCUGGCACGAUUUUGGCGGCAGCCGGGAUCGGUCUCUUCCAGGCCAUCCGAGGCCGCAAGGAGACCAGCAGCGAAGAGUUCUUGUUGGGUGGACGGCAGAUGACAGCUGUGCCGGUCGCCAUGUCCCUCACCGCCAGCUUCAUGUCGGGGAUCACGGUCAUCGGCACACCAGCUGAGGCUUACCGGUUUGGAUCGGCCUUCUGGCUCUUCGGCUUCUCCUAUGCCAUCAUGUCUGUCGUCACCGCUGAGAUCUUUGUCCCCCUUUUUUACCGACUGGGGAUAACCAGCACCUACGAGUACCUGGGGCUGCGCUUCAGUCGGCCCAUCCGGAUAAUUGGGACGUCAAUGUACAUCUCACAGACGGUGCUGUACACCGGUUUAGUCAUCUACGCUCCAGCUCUCGCACUAAAUCAAAUCACUGGACUGAAUCUGUGGGGAGUGCUGGUGGCAACAGGAGCAGUCUGCAUCCUCUACUGCACUUUGGGCGGCCUGAAAGCAGUGAUCUGGACAGAUGUUGUCCAGAUGGUGAUCAUGCUGUCUGGGUUUGUGGCUGUUAUAGCCAGAGGAGCCGUGCUGCAGGGAGGCCUGACCAGGAUCUGGGAAGAUGCCGGUGAAGGAGGCCGACUGGAGGCGUUUGACUUUGACCCAGAUCCUCUGAAGCGACACACCUUCUGGACCAUUGUGGUCGGAGGCAGCGUGAUGUGGGUGUCCAUCUACGCCAUCAACCAGUCCCAGGUGCAGCGCUACAUCUCCUGCAAAACCUUGGGCCAUGCCAAGACGUCUUUGUACUUGAACAUGAUCGGCCUGUGGUUAACUGUGAGUCUGGCUGUGUUUUCUGGCCUCACCAUGUAUUCCAUUUACAAGAAAUGUGACCCUCUCCUAAACGGUGAUAUAAGCACCGCCGACCAGCUGCUGCCCUACCUUGUGAUGGAUAUUUUGGCGAUCUACCCUGGAAUCCCUGGGUUGUUUGUGGCUGCUGCAUACAGCGGGACUCUGAGCACCGUGUCUUCCAGCAUUAACGCACUGGUUGCCGUCACUGUGGAAGACUUCAUCCUCCCUGUGUGCAAAAACCUCACAGAGAAACAAGUCACCUGGAUGAACAUGGGUCUGAGUGUGUUAUUUGGAGUCGUGUGUAUCGGAAUGGCUGGAGUUGCCUCUCUGAUGGGAAGUGUUCUGCAGGCAGCUCUGUCCAUAUUUGGCAUGAUCAGCGGGCCUCUUCUCGGUCUGUACCUGCUGGGCAUGCUUUUCCGAACAACAAAUUCAGUGGGAGGAUUACUGGGAAUGAUCAUUGGUCUGUUGUUGACUCUGUGGGUGGGAAUCGGAGGCCAGAUUUACCCACCGUCAGAGGAGAAGACGAAUCCUCUCCAUGUCACCACUGUGGGCUGCUUCAACGCUUCAACCAUGGCUCCCUUGACCACCGGACAGCCUGAUUUCAGACCAGCUCUGGCUGACUCCUGGUACUCCCUCUCCUACCUCUACCUGUGUCCGUUGGGCACACUGACCACGAUGGUGUUUGGUCUGCUGGUGAGCAUGGCCACAGGUGGGUGUAAACAAGAGAAGCUGAACUCUGAUCUGUUUGUGAGGAGCAAGGACCUCAUCUGCUUCAGCUUCUUCAAUAAAUCAAAGGUAUCAGAUGUCACAGAGAAGGAUUCAACAGAGUUUCAUAUAAGCGCGGACGACUUCGAUGUGAAGAGACAAGUUGAAAAAUCCACCAAGCUGUAACAUUGUACUGUUCAUCAUGGAGACAUUCUCACUUUUAUUUUUCUACAUUUAUUGUGCUGAUAAAAAAAAAAAAAAAAAAAUUAACUCCACUACUCGUUUGUGCAUAUUUAUGUUUUCAACAUUUUGCUGAAUAUAGAUAAUUAAUUCGAUUUUGUAUUAAAGAAUUUGUCGAAAAACAAGAGUUGAACUUGUACAGAAUGCAAUUAAAAUGAAAGAACGUGGACAUUUAUGCUGCUAACGACCUGAUGUGCUUAAAAACCAAGACAUAGCAGAAACAACAGUUCUGCAUCAUCCAUAAAAACAAAGAGUUUUAUUAUGUAACUGUUAUCAGGACAAUAGAGAAAAGGGCACCUAAAGUAGCACAGAUACGACACACUGCGAUAUGGCUCACUGCCCUUUCUUCCAUUGUUCUCCCUGAAAGCUGCAUUGCUUCACCUCAAGCUAAGCUCUGACUCACUGGAAAAAUGAUUGUUCGGUUUAUGACUAUUUGUUCAUUUCCUUUUUAUUUUUAUCAGGAUUAGUCUGAGCACAAAUCAACAACCUGUACACAAAUUGCACUUGUUAAUAAAUAUUUUGUACAAAUUGUUGACUGUAAACAUGUGUAUGUAUGUGAAAGCUUUGAGAAAGCAGCUCAUUCUUCUCUGGUUAUGCAAAAUGUAUUUGAGAGGAGAGAGAGGGAGAGAGAGACAGAGAGAGAGUGAGAGAGAGAGAGAGACAGAGACAGAGAGAGAGAGAGAGAGAGAGAGAGAGAGAGGGAGCAACAAACGGACAGAGAUUGAGCUUUGAUCUAGACUACAGCCGUGCCCUUUGUCUCCAUGGCAACACACAAAAGAGGAAGUUUGCAAAGCACUGACCCCGCCCACUUUUACCUGCCACCAUGCCUGCAAAUCAACUCUUCAGACGCGGAGGCUGACUCACUGCAGCCAGGGAACUAAAAGAAGUUACUGUUUUCAGUCAAAGUGACGAGAAGAGUUCAGGACUCGGACAUGGAUACCCUCUCUGCUGUUCUGACUUGUUGCCUUCUGGCCAUUUCUUUUGCUGCGGCGCAAACAGUAGAAGUGGAUUCCACCACAACAAAACCUUCUGUCUCAGACUACAUGACACAAACAACUGAAUUAAUGAUGUCAUCGCAAACCGUGGGAAACACAGCUUCUACUUCAAAAGUGAAUGAGAACACAACAACCGCGUUCAGCAGCACAACCUGGAACAAUGAAACAACCAACCAAACUACAAUCCACCCGCAGACUUCCCAGUCAACCACCAUCUUGGCUCCUCUGACAAACAGCACCACCCUGACGACCAGCACGCCUGCUGCUCUCACUCCUACAACGACUGUGUCGACAAUUCCCACGAGUGAGACCACAACAGGUUACACAAGGACACCUGACACUACGGCCAUUACAAGUGCGAAUUCAACUCGCACUGUUAAUACAACUUCACAUUCAGUGGAAGCAACCACACAAGGUUUAAGACUAAAGAUUUCAGAACAGAACUUGACGAUUGUCUUCAGCGUGGUACUGGGGGUUUUUGCCGUGUCCCUGGUCCUAUUCAUGUUUCGAAGAUGCAGACAAAAAAUCCAAUACUUGCAUCAGCCUUUAAACAACUCUGACUGCGCGGAUGCUUUCGUAGCCGAUGAUGACACGCUUGUAAUCUCUGGAGGACUUUAUGACGGCCAUCCCAUGGACGAUAAUGCACCUGCAGCCCCAGACGACCAAUCUCGGUUUCGCCUCGAGUUCCUUCACUGAGACAGUGAACUACCGUUUGAGACGUCACCCUCACAAAACAAGGUUUCCUCGUCUACCAAUGUGAAGAGAAUUUCCCUAGAGGAAGGAAAAAAUUUGGAAAUCAUUCAAACAAGAGCAGAGCUAAUCUAUUUGAACACUUUUACUUAUAUCACUGUCAAAACGAGAACAGAUUUAUAUAUGUUUAAAUUUUAAUAUGUAACUCCUUCACCUUUCCCCAUACCAGCAAUAUCAACUAAACAUAGAACGUCAGUAACGCAUCAGGUAACAUCAGAGGUUGACAGGCUAGAAUAUUAAAAACCCAAGAACACUGUUUAACCACAACACUUUCUGAACAUGUAAAGAAAAUAAAAUUAUUAUUAUUAUUACCACUUUC